GACCUUUUUACAAAAGAGAAAGAAAGGUUGAGAAAAGAGAGAGAGCUCACAGAGAUAACCAAAAAAAAAAAAAAGGUUCAGAGUGAGUGAGAUCGACCAUGGCCGAGAGAGAGAACCACGUCUACACCGCCAAGCUCGCCGAGCAAGCCGAGCGCUACGACGAAAUGGUGGAGGCGAUGACGAAAGUGGCGAAGCUUGACGUGGAGCUGACUAUCGAGGAGCGGAAUCUGCUGUCUGUGGGGUACAAGAACGUGAUCGGAGCACGGAGGGCUUCUUGGAGGAUACUGUCCUCGAUUGAGCAGAAGGAGGAGAGCAAGGGGAAUGAGCAGAAUGUGAGCCGUAUCAAGGAGUACAGGAACAAGGUGGAGACUGAGCUCUCCAGCAUUUGCAGUGACAUCAUGAGGGUUAUUGAUGAGCAUCUCCUUCCGUCUUGCUCGGCUUUCGAGUCCACUGUGUUCUUCUACAAAAUGAAAGGAGAUUACUAUCGCUACUUGGCUGAGUUUAAGACUGGUGAUGACAGGAAAGAGGUUGCUGAUCAGUCAAUGAAGGCUUAUCAGGCAGCUUCUAGCAAAGCAGAGACUGAUUUACCUCCCACACAUCCCAUCAGGCUGGGAUUGGCCUUGAACUUCUCUGUCUUUUACUAUGAAAUCUUGAAUUCUCCUGAAAGAGCCUGUCAUCUUGCAAAGCAAGCCUUUGAUGAAGCUAUCUCCGAGCUGGAUACUUUGAGUGAGGAGUCAUACAAGGACAGCACCUUAAUCAUGCAACUCUUGAGGGACAACCUCACAUUGUGGACCUCUGACAUUCCGGAGGAUGGAGUUGAAGAAGGGCAGAAGGCGGACAGCUCUGCAAAAACUGGAGGUGAAGAUGCAGAGUGACUCGGCAUGGACCAUGGGUAGGACUUGUGUACUUUAUGGAUGAAGAAAACUUGCAGGGUCUACUCGUAGGCUGCUUUUAUUUCUGAUUUUUACAAACUUGAUUCUAGUAUCAUUUGGCAUUUGUAGUUUGACCUGUCACUGUAGCAUUUGCAACCCUGAGUUCUCUUUCCAUGUUGUUGACCUAAUGUAAAGGUUUUUCUUCCACAUAUCAUCCUUUUAUUUGUUGAGGAUGUGAGACUCCAUUUAGUUGGAGACUUGGAGUUGGUUAUCUGCUGAAUGUGUGGCACUGUGGUGUUGUUCA